AUGUCGGAGGAUAUGCUGCGAAAGCCCACACCUGGUCGUCGUCUCAUGCACUGGUUUAACAACACCAGUAGUCUCCUGGAUCUCCAUGACGAUAUGUUUAGUUCCACCCUCAGUAAAGACUUCCUGCAGGCCUCCGACGAGGAACUCAAACAGGCCUACCUUCAGUGGAAUGCAAAGGUGAUUUCCAGCGUGCCGAAAGAACGCCUUCUUGUUUUCAAAGCCCAAGACGGUUGGAAACCUCUGUGUGACUUUCUGGGAUUGGAAGAGCCCGUCGGUCUGGACUAUCCCCACGCCAACCGGAGAAUGGAAAUGGCACAGGUACUCAGUGCCCAAAUAAAAAGAGGACACCAGCUGAAUUGUCUUAUCCUCCUUCUGGCCGGUGGCAUGCUCCUCCUCUCUGCCGUGGUGUUCUGCCUGAAACGUGAUUGA